CACAGAUUCUAUAUCUCCUCUAAGAAGCUUUUCUAAUAACCUUUUUUGUGAUUCCUUUCAUUCAUUGAUAUACCUAAGUAACGUAACCAUGGAGUCCAAGAGUUUCUUGUCGGGAUACAAACAAUCUUCUUCUUCUUCUUCUUCUGUUCCUUUGUUUGCUCUGUUCAACUUGUUCGUCAUAAGUUUCUGCAGAUGGGUUUCCUCAACUCGCAUCUCUUUAUCCAGAUUUAUCCCUCUUCUUCAACAUCAUCAUCAAAGUAGUAUCGACAAAAACAACAACAAAGAUCAACAAGAGAGAAUGAUGAUCAAACAAGAAGAUGGUGAUCUAUGUAAAGAAGAUGCUGAGAUGGUUAUGACAAGUUUAGGGCUUUUUUCCAAUGAUGAUGAUGAUGAUGACGAUGAUCAGCUUCAAGAACGGUACAGUGCCAAGCAAGUUUCGUGUUUGUUCGAAGAGAAAGAAGCUAGUUUGGAAGAAGUGAAGCAAGCUUUCGAUGUGUUUGAUGAAAACAGAGAUGGGUUCAUCGAUGCUACAGAGUUGCAAAGAGUUUUGACAAUCUUAGGUUUCAAAGAAGGGUUUUGCUUAGAGAACUGUUUGGUCAUGAUUAGGUCAUUAGAUGGAAACAAAGACGGAAGAAUCGAUUUUAAUGACUUUGUUAAAUUCAUGGAGAAUAGCUUCUAUUAAGAUCUAAUAAUGACAUUUAUUCUUUUAUUAUUACUAUUCUUGUGAUGAGAUUGUGAAUAUUAAAACAUGUUUGUUGAAAAAAUACAACUCUUUGCGGCGUUUAAUCGAA